CGGGCAGGUUUACCAAAGGUCUCUAAUGGGUAUUUUCUUUUUCUUAGCCCUGCCCCUGAAUUGUCAGACGGCGGGCGUCUGUCUCUGAAGUCCGCAGUGAUUUCCUUUAGAGCGCGGCCUUAUCUCUGGCUGCACGUUGCCUGUUGGUGACUAAUAACACAAUAACAUUGUCUAGGGCUGGAAUAAAGUUGGAGUUGUUUACCCCCACUCUAUAGGGGUGCAAUAUAAAAAGCCGGCCCGAGAGCUGUCCAAGUCAGACGCGCUUCUGCCUUGGAGCCGGAGCGAGCGAGCGAGCGGGUCCGGGUCUCCGCUGCUGCUGUCCCUGCGCUCGGCCGCCGCGUGCGCUCGCAGAACGCCUCUCCUGCCUUCUCGGCUGGCAGAAAGGGCUUUUAUUUUCAUUUUUUAUUUUUUUUUGCCUGUGAAAGGGCACUUAAGCUGGAAGGAUCGCUUUGAGAUCUGAAUAGCUAGAAGCGCUUCUAGGGAACCGAAGCUCUUUUCUUCUGAGUUCAGUUCGCGAAGGCGGUUUUUUUUUUGGUUUAUCCUCUUUUUUUUCCAGAAUGGAUUAUUUCCCCAUGAUUUUCUCUCUGCUGCUGGUGGUUUUCCAAGGAGCUUCAGAAACAGCUGUCUUGGGAGCUGAGCUCAUGGCCGGGGCUGAAAGUGGAGGGGACAAGUCCCCUCCCAACACAACCUUGAGGCCCCACCGGUUCAAGCGCUGCUCCUGUUCUUCCCUGAUGGAUAAGGAGUGUGUCUACUUCUGCCACCUGGACAUCAUCUGGGUCAACACUCCCGAGCGCAUUGUUCCCUAUGGGCUCGGAAGCCCUUCCAGGUCCAGACGAUCCUUGAAGGACUUGUUUCCCAUAAAGGCAGCAGAGCACGGGGGCAGAUGCAAGUGUGCCAGCCAAAAAGACAAAAAGUGCCAGACCUUCUGCCAAUCAGGGAAGGAUCUCAGGGCCCAAGACACGAUGGAGAAGGCCUGGAAUAACCGUAAGAGAGGAAAAGACUGUUCCAGAUUUGACAAGAAGUGCAUCUAUCAGCAGCUGGUGGCGGGAAUAAAAAUCAGAAGGUUGGAUGCCAUCAGAAACAGUAUCAAAACAUCUUUUCGUGUUGCAAAGCAAAAAGCCCAAUCUUCCAGAGAGAAGAAUGUGACCCACAACAGAACACAUUGAUUACAAAUCUUCUGGGCCCGUGUGAAGCCAUCGCCUCCAGAGAGAGAGAGUCCCGUGGCUGACACUCUUCUCCUACCGCAGUGGCUGGGAUCAGAGCAAGAGAACCUUCCCUGCCUAGACUACUUCUACUCCAGACUGGCAAAGGACCAGCGUCCUCAUUCUGAACAUUCCAAGAAAGGUCUUCAUUGGCUCCAUUGGUGGUAACUGCUUUUGUGUCUCAGGUCUUUGGGAAAGACAAGGGACUGCUCAGAAAGCAGAGACACCGUGACACCCGUGACAUCCGAAUGGGGUGGUAUGCUCCAGAUGGAGGAAGGAGAUUCCACACCAGGGUGGAGUUUCUGAAGAAAGUCCUAAGGGAGAAUUUGUGUCUGACUCAGGCAUCGGGCACAUUUCAGGGAGAAACUCCAAAGUCCAGGCAAAGAUUUUUCUAAGGACUGAACAAAUUGAAAACAAACUCGAAGGACAAGUAAAGAAGAGGGGGGGAAAAAGACUUUGUUUUUAAGUCAUAAAGUGCAAAAGUGAAAGAAACUGUUACUACUGUAAAUUGGGAUGAGUUUCAUGAGUAUGAGUCUACCUCACCUAUCUUGCACUCCGGCAGAUGUACUUUCCACUUUUAAUUCUCGCCUCCCCAAAUUUUUCCCUUCCUCCCAGCACCCUCAACUUCCCAUGGUAAAUCCUGGUCCCAUUGAUGUCUGGUCCCAUGUGUCAGGGGUAGAUAAACAUUCCGAUGCUUAUCUUCUAGCUCUGAUCCGUAAGAAGAUGACCCUUCAAUGAGGAGACUCCCUUACCUUGAGUUUGGGGAACACAAUGGUAUAGGGUUGUUUAUGAAAGAUACAGGGAAGGAGAUGUUGGUUCUGCUUUAAAGCAGUAAAAUUAUUUUCUUUUAUAUAACCGACGAAUGGAAGAGGUUAGAUUGAAUUCUGAUGUACUUAUUUUUUUAUAGAUAUUUAUAUUCAAACAAUUUAUUCCUUAUAUUUACCAUGUUGAAUAUAUGUCUGGGCAGGCCAUAUUGGUCUAUGUAUUUUUUUUAAAAUGUGUAUUUCUGAAUGAAAUCGAGAACAUGCUUUGUUUUGCCGGUCAAGGUAAUGAUUUUAGAAAAUAAAUAUUUUUUUCCCUACUGUA